GUGGUUGUAUUCCACGUCAGCCUUUCCCUCGCCUCCUUAGGGGGGUUUUAUUUGGCUGUGACAAGCGGCAUUGACAUGGUUGGACUUCUCACAAAGAUAGGAAUCGGAACACAGUAUUUAGAAUCUGGAGUCCUCACAGGCGCCAGUACAUUUGUGAUUGCUUAUGCUGUACAUAAAGUGUUUGCUCCAGUUAGGAUAGCCAUCACACUCAGUGUGACCCCUUUUCUGGUCAGGUAUCUCAGAAAUAUUGGACUGCUCAAACCACCCAAAGCAGCAGUUGUGAAACCUGCUGACGAGACUGAAUCAACUCCAGGGGGAGACUCUAAAACAGACAAGCUAUGAUAGAUCGUUGAAUUACUGGGACUGGCAUUUAUAAAAACCAAUGAAAAACCACAACAAGAAAAAACAUCCAAUUGAAAGAAAGGGUGUAGUAUUGAAAUAUCUCGAUAAAAGGCAGCAGAUUAAGUUCUCAUAAACUAGUGCAUUUAUUCACUGAUGAGUACUUUGACAGACGCAUUUGCCAAAGUGCCCUUUUUUAGUAUUUAUUUAGGCCUGUCAGUCUCUGCUCUCCAUAGGGGGUAACAAAAUCGAUCUGCAACCUAGAGAACAGCCUGCUUGCUUUGUUAAAUAACACAUCAAUUAGUGUUGAUCUGUAGGGUGUGACUUCUUGCGUAGCAUCCACAUUGUUGAAGGGUAGAAAUACCACUGGAGUGAACACAAUUUUUACCCUCUUCUGUGUGAAAUCUGCCUGAACUGUCUUGUAGUCAGCACUUUCAAAGGGGGGUUAUUUUUCAAAAAAAAAAAAAAAAAGUGGAACUCCCCCCACCCCCUGCAACCCACCCAAGUUGCCCCAAAUGGAUAUAAGGUUUAGGAGCUACUAGAUAAAAUUUUGAUUCAGAAUCGACCUUUUUCGACUAGAGGGGUUGUGUUUUUAACCCACCCACUCUUUGCUACAUACAUAUCCAGACUCAAAACCUUUGUGAGGUUGUGUAGUGGAAUCAGACAACAAACCUUGAUGUAAAAUUGAAAAAUUUUAUCAAUUGAUCCGAGAUGUCUUGAGAAUUUGGUUGCUUCAGUCUUUCUUUUUUCUUUGCAGGCAGCUUGUGCUAACAUCCCAAAGACAGUUUUUAUCUUUUUGAAAUGGUGAAUAAAGAAUGAAAAUGCAUGUAAGACAUGCAACCAUCAACAGCUUAUAAAGGGAUGUGAAUAAAAAUGCAGUAUUGAAUCUGUAUGUUUACAGGCAUUAUUUUAAGAAAGAACACAAUACAAUGUUGGUUAGUAAGUACUAGAAA